AUGGAAUUCAUCCAAUGUCUGACUCCCCUCACCAACCUUCAUAGUCUUUCACUGAUGUUGCACUCUCAGGAACAUUGUCUCCGCCUUUCUAUGUGGCUCAUCUACCGUGGCCAUGCUAUCAUCAUCUACCCAAUUGCAGGAAAUAAUACCUACAUCCUUUCACCUUUCUUUGGGCACUGGUUCCAACCCUACAUGGUGCUUCAGUUUGCUACCGCCUAUCCUUGCAUAAAUCUUGCCGAGGUGAUUCUCGCAUCCUUCUCUAAUGGCGUCACAUUGAAAGACACUGGACCCGAAAAUAGGACAUCCACGUACCAACUUUGUUCUGAUACUGACUACUCUGAUCAGGCCAAUUAUCGUUGGUCAAAUCUUCCGAGCUCCACAAAGGUUGGUAUCAUUACUUGGCUUCUUCGGAGACGUCUAAUCAUUCAGGAUGAAUCGGCUUUUGAUUUGGCGUAUUUCUUCGCCAAUUGCUUGCCUUUCAUGCCUCCGCGCUUAAAGCAGCAUCUGCUCAAUUCCUCUGGAUUAAAAAAUUUUGGCCCGCCAAAAGAGGUCAGCCUUCAUUGCUCGCUUGCACAGCAAGUAUUGGCUGAUCAAAUUGUCAGAAGUAAGUCGUGUUACUCUGAGAGGCGACAUCCGAUCAGACGAGGCAGGAAGUUGAAAGGAAGCAAACCAGUGUGUAUUAUGACUAACGGAGAUAGCGAAGAGGAUCGCAUUCGCUUAAUCCAGCUUGUUGCAGGUCCCCACCUUCCCGACAGCCUUGUUGUAAAUCUAGCUCGCGCUCUACCCUCUCGAGACCAUCUGGUUGGCUUUCUUUCGUAUCCGGGCCUGCUGGAGGACAUCCGGUUGCUUAUGGUAUUCUUACGACUGUUGCCUCGACUACCUGCUCAUUUCGAAGAGCUUCUUUUUACCGAGGCCGACCUCUCACGACAGACAUUAACAGCCUGUCUACAGCGCUACUCAGCCUUUCUUUUGACCUUCCACACCCCUGAUCCAGUCACUGCUUGCUUCACGGGGAUAAAUUGGCCCGAUUGA